AUGUUCUCCAAGGCUGCUAUGAUCACCGUUACGCUCGCCCUCAUGGCGUCCGCCUCUCCCGUCGCGCCAAAGCCCCGCGGGGUCGCUAUCCCCAUCGCCAAACGCUCCUCGCUGGCCAAUGCCGACGGCACUUUUAACGCCGACAAGAUUUUGAAGCACACCAUGAAGACAGUCAACAAGCACCGUGCGAACCUAAUCAAUUUGGAGAAGAACGCUGGCACCCAGGCGUUCCGCAAGGGCGCUUCGAUCAAGCCCCUCGCGACGCUUCCCGAGCACCUCCAGAAGCGCCAGAGCGAGUCCCUCACCGACGAGGAGAACGACGCCGAAUGGGCGGGCACGGUCUCCAUCGGCACCCCUGCUCAGGACUUCCUCAUUGACUUCGACACCGGCUCAUCCGACCUCUGGGUCCCCUCUUCGUCCUGCACCUCUUCUGUCUGCUCCUCCAAACAGAAGUACGACGCGUCCGCCUCGUCGACGAGCUCCUCCAAGAGCGGCUCGUUUUCAAUCCAGUACGGCGAUGGGUCCACCGUUUCCGGACCCAUCAACACCGACACCGUUUCGGUAGCUGGCAUCUCCGUCGAUAACCAGUACAUGUCCGCGGUGACCACGCUCUCGAGCAGCUUUUCCAACGACCCGAUCGACGGGUUGCUCGGUCUCGCCUUCCCCGCAAUCUCGAACCUCGGCCAGAACCCCUUCUUCAACACCGCGAUCGAGCAGAAGGCGGUCAGCGCCGGCGAGUUUGGCUUCAAGCUCGCCUCCUCCGGCUCCGAGCUCUACCUUGGCGGCACCAACAACGCCCUCUACUCCGGCUCGAUCGAGUACCACGACGUCGACUCCUCCCAGGGUUUCUGGCAGCUCAGUGGCGCGUCCGCGCUGGUGGGCGGCAACGCGGCGGUCGACAACUUCGAGACGAUCAUCGACUCUGGCACCACCCUCAUGUACGGGCCCCCGUCGGCGGUCCAGACGUUCUACGCCGCGAUCAGCGGCUCGGGCGAGUACGACUCCUCGCAGGGCGAAUACUACUACCCCUGCGACUCGCCCCCGAACGUUGCGUUCAGUUGGGGUGGCCAGGACUGGACCAUCACCGACGCCAACUUCAACCUCGGAGAGACGGAGAGCGGUUCCGGCAAGUGCAUCGGCGCGCUCCUCGGCCAGGACAUCGGCCUCGGGGACAACGUCUGGCUGCUCGGCGACUCGUUCAUGAAGAACGUUUACACCGCAUUCUCGUUCGACAAGACCGCCGUCGGCUUCGCCACGCUUUCAUGA